UUCAGACAAAAGUGGCAGCCCUGGUCUAGAUAUUAAGUUACGAUGCCUCCAUUGUUUCUCUCAUGUAGUUCUGAAUCUCUGUAGUUCUGAAAAGUAAAGCGCAUAGCUACAAGUUUUAGGUCGUCUCAACUCGUGACUUGUCAAGAGUGUGAAAUAACAAAGGAGGAUGGCGAGCUUUACACAUGGAAGUCAACGUUUUAAUGAAACCGAAUGGCUGAAGCAAUUGAAACGUUCAAAAAGUCAUAGAAUUAAAGCACAAAAGACGAAGCACGAUGGAAAUUUAGAGUCAUCUGGUCAGCGUGAACUGCAUCAAGCACUAAUAGGCAUUGAGGAUAUUCACGAAGAGCAAUGGCAAAAAGAUUUAAAUAGUCUAAUAUUCACAAAAAAGAAAAUUACUCUUGAGCGGAUGAGUCAGAUUGUUCUUCAUUUGAAUGAAGCAUCACAUGUUGAAAUACUUUCAUUCGAAGGAUGUGAUUUUGAAAAAAAUUGGUGUCAACCGUUGAAAGAAGUUUCAGCAUCUUGUGAGAUUGAUUUUCUGGAUUUGAUGGGCUGCUCUAUCACUGAAAAAUAUGACUGGGGAGCGAUUGGAAUGUUCGUGAAUAAAUAUAGAGUAAAAGGAUUGCGAUUAUGUGAAUGCCGAAUCAAUUCAUGGACUUUUGGAUACUUUUGCUCUGGGAUGGUAGAAUGCCCUGUUGCAUCAAAUGUAACUACGGUAUCAUCCGAAAUCAUUGACCUACGAGGUAACGAAAUUGUGUUUGAUGAUUAUACAUAUUCAUCUCUGGAUUAUCUGGUUUCGUCUCGUCGGUUCAGGAUGUUUUGUUUUGACGGUUUUACUCUAAAGAUAAAUCAAGAUCAGAAAGUCAUUCUUGAUAUGAAGCCGGACAUACAAGGAAUAGAUUCGUCUGUUUGGGGUAAAAUGGUUCCUCUGUAUCAAGUACACGGAAUUAGUCUUUCGUCUUCUCAUGACUUGGCACGUGAUCCCACUGUGUUUGCACAAAUUUUGAGAAACAGCGACUACACUCAGCUGAAGGAACUGAGUGUACAAGUUGAAGGGACCGUUUCGCAUUACAAAAGAGCAGUCAAUCUUGUUAUAAUGUUGAACAUUGAAGACUUCAUUGUAUCGGACCAAAGUGACUCAUUGAGGACAUCCUGCGUAAAAUUACUACUGGAAAACUUAGUAGAGCACGGACACCAGCUGAGGUCUUUUGGAAUAUUUUUCGAAAAUGACAUUUCGAAGAAGUGUGCCAGCGUCAUUGGCGAUAUUGUAUUUCAUAGCAAAGUAAAGCGUUUCCUUGUUAGUUACGAUGUCACUGCUAUUGAUUCGUUGGCGUCGGCACUUAACAAACUCUCAGUUGAAAAACAUUACAAGGUAGAACAAAUCAUCACGAGACUAGUUUCUCCUGGAGAAUAUUUUUCUGAUGCUUCUCUCGAUGAAGCAAUACCAGAUGAUGUCUUGGACAUGGAAGAUGUGAACAUAGAUCGAUUGCUCACAUUGGCCAGAGUUGCAGCUGAAGCGGUUGUUUUUGAAAUGCUAAAGAAAUGGGCCAGUCAUAUGUUACCAUUAUUGCGGAAAAGUUUCGAAGGAAUUAAGAAUUUCGAAGUGAAACAGGUUGAUGUUGGCAUUUCAAUAUUUGUCAAAAACCAAACUGUGUCACGGACAAAGCCGGCGGAUUUCGGGUGGUUACACAGCACUAUCAAUGAUAUGGAAGCAAACUUCGCCAAUGUUACAAGAAUGGAUCUAUCCGGAAAAGUUUUAGAUGAAAAAUAUAUACAUUCUUUUGGAGGAAUUUUACGAUUCUGUUUAACACUUGAGAAACUCCUGGUUGCUAAAUGUCAGUUGAAAGACCAAGAUGUUUCGAAUAUUACGGAUUCACUUUCGAUGCAUAAAAAUAAGAUGUUUCUACUAGACUUGAGCAACAAUCCUGAACUUGGGAAGAAAUCAGCACAAUCAUUAUCGGAUUUUCUUCAAAGGCGGCACAUCAAAAAUAUUAAAGUCAUUGGAUGUGGUCUGGAAAAGUGGCAUGAAGAAAUUAUAACUCCCGGAAUGCUAAACAUGCCGCGAGAUGCUGGUACUACAAUCACAUAUGAAGAAGACCAAGUAAUUGUGCUCGUGGAUAAGCAAGGGGUGAAUAUCGAUUUCUCCACAAAGAAUUGUUCAGUAACAAUUCCCCCAAAUGCCGUUCAAAAGCCGAUUGAAUUAACGUUCAAAUUAACACAUCCUGGAAGAUUUGACAACAUUCCUGACUGGUCAUAUCCUGUCACAUCCAUUCUGAGGUGCUUACCGAAUGGCGCCAAGUUCAGUGAAUAUAUUGAAGUAAAACUUCACACAUGGAUUAAACAAAGGAAAGCACAGAGUGAUCAAAAGUUAAAUCUUCAUCUUCUAACAAGAGAAGACAAUCACAAGAAAUGGGAUCCAGAAGCCACGAUUCAACAUGAUGAUGACGACUUUAUUGAGUUUCAAAUUAACCAUUUCUGUGAUUUUGAGGUCGUUAUCAAUUCUGCCGACGCAAAUAACGUUCAAGCUAACUAUUGCAACAUGCUGUUCAAGCUUUCAGUGGAUCCACUGACAACCAACGAUCAUUUACUGUUGUCAAAAUUCGUUCCCAAUAACAAUGCAGCAAAAGAACAGCAAAAAAGAGAGCUAGAAGCUUCAGGAAUGUGUCUCUAUGCCUUGGGUUUAAACGAACUUACCAUAAUGCCAGAAGAUCAAAUUUCAGUUCUCCUUAUGUCUCAUAACGAGGCAGAUCCCGCACAAGUCCAAAUCAGACAUUCUGAACCCUUAACAUAUACCGGCGCGGAGAUAUUUAGUCAAACUUCUCCAAAAGUAAAAUUUACCGCGAGGUUGACAAAUCGAGCAAAUCCACAAAACGAACAAAUAAAGGAUCUUUAUCAUGAAGUUACGGGCGCAAAUGGGGGAAACUUUAAAGAUCCGAUUACACUUCGCUGGAGACCUGAAUUAGAAGUUCCGGAACGACCCCAAUACAUCCAUAAGAAUAUUUACAACAUAAAUGGUUGUAAUGUAAAUAUAUCUCAAGGAAAUACAGUGGUCACCACAUCCGCCACAGUUGGACCGGAAGUUGUGGACGAAGCAGCCUUGGAUGAUGACAUACAAGAAGCGCAGCCUCCCCUGCAGGCAGAUGAGAAACCAGUGAUAUUAGAAUCUGAAAACGAAUCAAGUUCAGACGACAGCUCAAGUGAUUCGUGGCUAGAAUAAGCGAAAACGACUUUAUGAAAGAAAAAAUUACAGUGAUUUAUAUUACAGAUAUAUGCUCUACUUUCGAAGACACAGACUCUUAACAUUUCUAUAAUGUACCUGUGAGACUGGCUGCUACCGCAUAAUAUACCACACUUUACUGUGUAUGGAAUGCUCUGUUUUUGGCCUAGGAGUCAUUUUCUUUAUUCAUCUCUAACUCUUUAUACAUAUUUUGUUUUUACUUAAUCAAUUUAUCCAAAUUUUAAAACACGGUUACCCAAUCACAUACUCGCCUUAUAUUCUACAUAUAUGCAUUGCCUUUCCCCCCAUAUCAAAUUUUUAUGAUUCCAGUGUCUCAUAGACACAAUUGUCGAUCUUCCUAUUUUUUUCGUUUUUCUAAUUGAUAUUUAUCUCAGUUUAGUACGAGUACUGGUAAUAAUAAUUAUAAUAGUGAAUUAUUGCAUUGUGGCGCCAUCUUACGGCGGUACUGUACUAGCAUAAAAGCGUUUGCGUUGUGGUAAUUUUGUGUCCCUAAGUUUUAUUCAUAACGCUUUGGAAGGUAACCGCUGACAAGUAGAUCGAAUAGUCAUCCAUUCCAGGAGGAUGCGGAAUAUAUAUAUAUAUAAAUAUAUAUAUUUCGUGAUUUUCAUUUUAUUGUGCUUUCCCUGAAUGACUGAUAAAAAAUAUCGGGUUAAUAUAAAAUUUUCAUUAAAUGAAACUCAAAAAAAAAAAAAUUUCAUUUCAAAUUCGAUAAAUCUUCAUUAUGGUAUGUAAAAAUCAUCUUUGCCAAAUCUUAGAGAUUUAAGAACUUCUUCGCUAACAAGUUCCUGCUUCUUAUUUCUUCUUUAACAAUUCAUUGUACAUAUACUGUAAUAAUUAAGUAGACAUGUACUGAAUA